AUGAGUUAUUUUAAAAAAUCAAAACCUUUUUGGAUUCUGAUAAUAUUGAUGAUCAAAUAUUAGUUUAUCAAACAACUAAAAUAUAUUAAAGAUUAAUUCAAGAUAAUAAUAGUUCCAAUACUUCUAUUAGAUUAUUGAAUGAUAAUUCAGAAAGUUGUUUUAAGAAUUCCACAAAAAUUUUUAUUUCGCAAUCCAACAUGCUGAUACUAAGUCAACUAUCACUCCAACUAGUUUACAAGCAGAAUUAAAAUAAAUUAUAGGUGUUGUUCAGAAAAUGAUAAUAAAGUCAACUAAUUUUGAUGUUUAGAUAAAUUAAGAUGUAGUUUUCUUGGACGAAAGACUUUAUUAGAAAAAAGAUGCUAUAUUGGACUCUUUAUUAGUUAUGAAACUUUUGAUUGAUGUCAUUUUCCUCAAGAUUCCUAAGGCUAUUGUUAGUUUUUAAUAAGAUGAAGAAUAAAUUAUUAAUGUAGCAGAGGGAUUAAUAAAUCUUAUUGAGAAGAUUGCAAUGCUUGUGAAUGUAAAAGCAAAAGUAAAUGGUCCUCAAUUAAUUGUUAAUGGAUAAAUUCUAAAAUGGUAAUUAUCAAAAAUUACUAAAGUUAUUUUAAAUAACUAAUUCGAUAUUGAUAGAGAUUUAUUAGAUGGUUUGAUUGAUCUUGUAUAAAAGGAAUAAAUAGAAUUAAAUUACAACUACUUUAAUCCAUCUCAAGAAUUAUAAACAAAAUUGCAAACAUUCUUUAAUUUUACUACCCUUGAAAUUGAUGAAUAUAAAUACAAGAAAACCAAUCUAUAGUAUCAUCUUUAUAAGGAUCGUUAUAUAGAAUAUGAAGAUACAAUUAAAUAAUACAUGAUCGAUAUGUUUAAAACUCCAUACUGA